AAUCCUAGUUGCCGUCGACGGCUACCGUCGCCGCUGCUGCUGCCGCUGUCGCUGCUGCUACCACCACCACCACUACUAUUACCACCGCCACCACCACUAUCACCACCACUAUUACCACCACCGCUACUACUACCACUACUACCACUUCCUCCUCUUCCACCACCGUUGCUGCUGCUGCUGUUAUUGCUAUUGCUAUUGACACCACGACGGCGACGACGACGGCGACGACAGCGAGCGUGGAAAAGAUGGCGGCGCUCAUCAGGCAUGGCUCGUUCGCCAACGCGUUUAGGAGUACAUCGGUUAUCCUCGCCAACACGGUGAACGUGCGCCGCGAUAUCGUCCGGCACAAAAGCAAGAAGGCCAAGAAGCCGGUGGUGAAGGCGCGGAUCGACUCCGCCUCGGAAUCGCUCGCCGCCCGCGGAUUUUUGAGGCCACAAAAACCUUAUGAACCCCCGGACGACACAGCUGAAAGGAUUGACCAAAUUUGUGAGAGUCAAAACAUCCCUACGAACGAUGAUGUAAAACUAGAAGAUCCCAUUCUUCGCUUUAAACUAUUCGUCGCCUGCGAAGAAAAAUUUAAACAUUAUAUCCCAAAUUCGCUGCUUUACACCAUCGAGAGUAUUAGAGAUCUGAAGCAGUUUUAUUCGACACCGGUGGACAGCACAACACCGUACGAAGCGCUGGGUAAAAUGGAUUUGCCCAAGAAUUUGCACAUCCAACAGGAUUAUCAUCGGUUUCACCCAAAUACCGAUACAAUGUUUAAUGGUAAAACGGCAUUCCCGAAAAGCUCAACUCUCGUAACCGGUCUCAAGUACAAGAAGAAAUAUCUUGGUCACAAGCAGGAGGAUCCAUGGUUGGACGAUCAAAUGAAGAUUUAAGCGACCAUUAUUGUAAAUUAUUAAAACAAUUGCGAUUGUAAAAGCUGGAAUCGUAGAAAAUAUAAGGCAAUAAAAUAUAAGGCAAUUUGUUAAGCAAUUAAACAUUGCGAGCUUCUUAAGAACGGGUGUCUUUAAUGUUUUAACAUUGUGAUAUGUUACAAUAAAAUGUUUCUGCAACGUCU